CAGCGUUCUACAAGGUGGCCGCGAAAGCCGUGGGAGGAGGGGAGAAUCACGUGACGGUUCCAAUAUGGCGGCGCCGUGUCGCUGUCCACCGCCACCUUUGAGGGAGUCGUGUCUCUUCCGGAUCCAGGAGCUCAGCGGCGGCCGGAGCUUUUGAGCGCCGCUUCCCGCCCCUGCCUGGGACAGACUGGGACAGACCGGGACGGGGGUCGUCAGCUCAGGGCGGCCAUGCAGCCCCCGGCCCGCGAGCAGGAUACUCGCACCAAGAGCGUAUUCGUCUCCCGGGCCCUCGAGAAGAUCCUCUCCGAGAAGGAGGCGAAGCGGCCCCUUCACGGGCAGCUGCGGAGAGCCUGCCAAGUGGCGCUAGAUGAAAUAAAAGCAGAACUAGAAAAGCAAAGCCAAGGCAGUGAAGCCACACCAAAAGCAAACUUCAUUGAAGCAGAUAAAUAUUUCCUCCCAUUCGAGUUGGCCUGCCAGUCGAAGUCCCCACGAAUUGUCAGCACCUCACUAGACUGCUUACAGAAACUCAUUGCAUAUGGGCAUAUCACUGGCAACGCUCCAGACAGUGGAGCUCCUGGAAAACGCCUGAUUGACCGGAUAGUUGAAACAAUCUGUAGUUGCUUUCAGGGUCCUCAAACUGAUGAGGGAGUGCAGUUACAAAUAAUAAAGGCUCUUCUCACUGCUGUGACAUCCCCAUAUAUAGAAAUUCAUGAAGGAACAAUCCUUCAGACUGUUAGAACUUGUUACAAUAUCUAUUUAGCCAGCAAAAAUCUCAUUAAUCAGACAACUGCCAAGGCUACUCUCACUCAGAUGCUGAAUGUCAUUUUUACUCGAAUGGAAAAUCAAGCUAUCCAAGAGGCCAGAGAACUAGAAAAAAAUGGUCAGCAAAAAUCCCAAUCCCCCAUGAUUCAUCUUGUGUCAGGGUCUCCAAAGAUUGGGCGACUGAAAUAUAACCAACAAGAAAGUGAACCCUCAACUCCCAUAAAAACAAGCUUGACCAAUGGUGAACCUGAAAGAACAGAAAAUGGAGACCAAAAAGCAGAGAAUAAUUUGACUCCUCCAGUGUUUGAAGAAGAAACUGAUGGAGGCAAAGAAAUUAUUAAAGAAAUCUUGGAGGAUGUGAUCACUUCAGCUGUUAGAGCCUCUUUAGAAGAAGAAAUUAAAAAGGAAGCUGUGCCUGAGUCAGACAGGACUCUGUCUGAAUUGGGACCUGCAACUCUUGCCUCUGCUGGUGGUGGUAAUGACAUGCAAGCAAAUGGAAUUCCAGAUGACAGGCAGUCUGUCUCCUCCACAGAUAAUCUGGAAACAGAUGUACCUGGGCCUCAAGCAGCUGCCAAGUUCUCCCAUAUCCUUCAGAAGGAUGCUUUCCUUGUGUUCCGGUCAUUGUGCAAGCUUUCAAUGAAGCCGCUUGGUGAUGGACCUCCAGAUCCCAAAUCCCAUGAGUUACGCUCUAAGAUAGUAUCUCUCCAGCUGCUUCUCUCAGUUUUACAAAAUGCUGGUCCAGUCUUCAGGAUGCAUGAGAUGUUCAUAAAUGCAAUCAAGCAAUAUCUCUGUGUAGCAUUAUCUAAAAAUGGAGUGUCUUCUGUUCCUGAUGUAUUUGAGCUCUCUCUUGCCAUCUUCCUCACCCUUCUGUCAAACUUCAAGACCCAUUUAAAAAUGCAAAUUGAGGUGUUUUUCAAAGAGAUCUUCCUGAACAUUUUGGAAACCUCUUCGAGUUCCUUUGAGCACAAAUGGAUGGUGAUUCAGACCUUGACUAGAAUUUCUGCAGAUGCCCAGUGUGUGGUGGACAUAUACGUUAACUAUGACUGUGAUCUGAAUGCUGCUAAUAUUUUUGAACGGCUAGUAAAUGAUCUGUCUAAAAUUGCCCAGGGGCGGAGUGGACACGAGUUAGGAAUGACACCUUUGCAGGAACUAAGUUUAAGGAAGAAAGGUCUUGAAUGCCUGGUCUCUAUUUUAAAGUGCAUGGUAGAAUGGAGUAAAGAUCUGUAUGUGAACCCCAACCAUCAGGCCAGCCUUGGUCCAGAUAAGCCUUCAGAUCAGGAAAUGGGAGAAGGCAAAUGUUUGGAGAUUGGGGGUAGAAGAAGUAGUGCAAGCUCGUUGGAUUCAACAGUUUCCUCAGGAAUCGGGAGCGUUGGCACCCAAACAAUUGUCCCUGAUGAUCCAGAGCAAUUUGAGGUUAUCAAGCAGCAAAAAGAAAUCAUUGAACACGGGAUUGAACUGUUCAACAAAAAGUCCAAGAGAGGGCUGCAGUACUUGCAGGAACAGGGAAUGCUUGGUGUAACCAUAGAAGACAUAGCACAGUUUCUGCAUCAAGAAGAGCGCCUGAGUUCUAAUCAAGUGGGAGAAUUCCUGGGGGACAGUAACAAGUUUAACAAGGAGGUGAUGUACGCUUAUGUAGACCUACUUGACUUCUGUGGAAAAGACUUUGUAUCUGCUUUGCGUAUCUUUUUGGAAGGAUUCCGGCUACCUGGUGAAGCCCAGAAGAUUGAUAGACUAAUGGAAAAGUUUGCUGCUAGAUAUAUUGAGUGCAACCAAGGCCAAACUCUCUUUGCUAGUGCUGACACUGCUUACGUUUUAGCAUAUUCUAUUAUAAUGUUGACAACAGACUUGCACAGUCCCCAGGUAAAGAAUAAGAUGACAAAAGAGCAAUACAUAAAGAUGAAUCGUGGGAUCAAUGACAGCAAAGACCUUCCGGAAGAAUAUUUGUCUACUGUCUAUGAUGAAAUAGAAGGGAAGAAAAUUGCAAUGAAAGACGCUAAAGAAUAUGCAAUCACAACCAAAUCUACUAAGCCAAAUGUAGCCAGUGAGAAGCAGCGGCGAUUGUUAUACAACCUGGAAAUGGAACAAAUGGCAAAGACUGCUAAAGCUCUAAUGGAGGCAGUAAGCCAUGCAAAGGCACCUUUUACUAGUGCAACUCACCUGGAUCAUGUCAGACCCAUGUUCAAACUUGUGUGGACUCCAUUACUGGCUGCUUAUAGUGUUGGUCUUCAGAACUGUGAUGACACCGAAGUUGCGUCAUUGUGCUUAGAAGGAAUAAGAUGUGCUAUCCGAAUCGCUUGCAUUUUUGGCAUGCAGCUUGAACGAGAUGCUUACGUGCAGGCACUUGCCCGCUUUUCUUUGUUGACUGCCAGCUCCAGCAUCACAGAAAUGAAACAGAAGAACAUAGAUACCAUUAAGACUCUUAUUACAGUGGCACACACUGAUGGAAACUACCUAGGAAAUUCCUGGCAUGAGAUCUUGAAAUGCAUCAGCCAGUUGGAGCUAGCACAGCUCAUAGGAACUGGUGUUAAAACACGCUACUUGUCUGGGUCGGGGCGUGAAAGAGAAGGGAGCCUUAAAGGUUUCACAUCUGGAGGAGAAGAGUUCAUGGGCCUCGGAUUAGGUAACCGUGUUGGUGGAGGUGCUGAUAAAAGACAAAUAGCCAGCAUUCAGGAAUCUGUGGGAGAAACCAGUUCUCAAAGUGUGGUGGUGGCAGUGGACAGAAUUUUUACAGGCUCCACAAGAUUGGAUGGAAAUGCAAUAGUUGACUUUGUUCGAUGGCUGUGUGCUGUUUCCAUGGAUGAACUGGCUUCCCCUCACCAUCCACGCAUGUUCAGCUUACAGAAGAUUGUUGAGAUUUCCUACUACAACAUGAACAGAAUUCGACUGCAGUGGUCCAGGAUAUGGCAUGUGAUUGGAGAUCAUUUCAAUAAGGUUGGUUGUAAUCCAAAUGAAGAUGUGGCAAUCUUUGCAGUUGAUUCUUUGAGACAACUGUCAAUGAAGUUCCUUGAAAAAGGAGAGUUGGCCAACUUCCGAUUUCAGAAAGACUUUUUGAGGCCUUUUGAACAUAUCAUGAAGAAAAAUAGAUCACCAACGAUUCGAGACAUGGUAAUACGCUGCAUUGCUCAGAUGGUGAAUUCUCAAGCUGCUAAUAUUCGCUCAGGGUGGAAAAAUAUCUUUGCAGUAUUUCAUCAAGCAGCGUCAGAUCAUGAUGGAAAUAUUGUGGAAUUAGCAUUUCAGACAACAGGACAUAUAGUUACCACAAUUUUUCAACAGCAUUUUCCUGCAGCAAUAGAUUCAUUCCAGGAUGCCGUAAAAUGUUUAUCAGAGUUUGCCUGUAAUGCUGCAUUUCCAGACACCAGUAUGGAAGCAAUUAGACUGAUCCGUUAUUGUGCUAAAUAUGUUUCAGAAAGACCUCAGGUUUUGCGAGAAUAUACAAGUGACGACAUGAAUGUGGCUCCUGGAGACAGAGUUUGGGUCAGAGGAUGGUUCCCUAUUUUGUUUGAGCUCUCCUGCAUCAUCAAUCGGUGCAAGCUAGAUGUGCGGACAAGAGGCCUAACGGUUAUGUUUGAGAUUAUGAAGAGCUAUGGCCAUACCUUUGAAAAACACUGGUGGCAAGAUCUGUUUCGAAUUGUGUUUAGGAUAUUUGAUAACAUGAAGCUCCCAGAGCAGCAAACAGAGAAAUCUGAAUGGAUGACUACUACAUGUAAUCAUGCACUUUAUGCAAUAUGUGAUGUAUUCACACAGUUUUAUGAAGCUUUGAAUGAGAUUCUUCUUCCUGACAUAUUUGCACAGUUACACUGGUGUGUAAAACAAGAUAAUGAGCAGCUGGCUCGAUCAGGUACCAACUGUCUAGAAAGCCUGGUAAUAUUAAAUGGGCAAAAAUUCAGUCCUGAAGUUUGGGACCAAACUUGCAAUUGUAUGCUAGAGAUCUUCAAAACGACAAUUCCUCAUGUCUUGCUAACAUGGAGGCCAGCAGGAAUGGAAGAUGAUUCAUCCGAGAAGCACUUGGAUCUGGAUCUGGAUCGCCAGUCUUUAAGCAGCAUUGAUAAAAAUGCUUCAGAAAGGGGGCAAAGCCAAUUCUCAAAUCCCACAGAUGAGAGCUGGAAAGGAGGCCCUUAUUCAAACCAGAAACUCUUUGCAAGUCUCCUUAUUAAGUGUGUUGUGCAGCUGGAAUUGAUACAGACCAUUGAUAAUAUUGUAUUUUACCCUGCAACAAGCAAGAAGGAAGAUGCUGAGCAUAUGGCUGCUGCUCAGAGGGACACACUGGAUACCGAUAUCCACAUUGACACUGAAGAUCAAGGAAUGUACAAAUACAUGUCUUCCCAGCAUCUCUUCAAAUUAUUGGAUUGUCUUCAAGAAUCUCAUUCAUUCUCAAAAGCUUUUAAUUCAAACUAUGAACAAAGGACAGUUCUGUGGAGAGCAGGUUUCAAAGGGAAAUCAAAGCCCAAUCUUUUAAAACAAGAAACCAGCAGUUUGGCUUGUUGCCUGAGAAUCCUCUUCCGAAUGUAUGUUGAUGAAAACCGCAGAGAUUCCUGGGAAGCUAUACAAGAGAGACUCCUGAAUGUGUGUAGUGAAGCGAUGGCCUAUUUUAUCACCGUGAACUCAGAAAGCCACCGAGAGGCCUGGACCAAUCUCUUGUUGUUGCUUUUAACAAAAACACUAAAAGUCAGUGACAAAAAGUUCAAAGCACAUGCUUCAACAUAUUACCCCUACCUAUGCGAAAUAAUGCAGUUUGACCUGAUCCCAGAGCUCCGAGCUGUUCUGCGGAAGUUCUUCCUGCGUAUUGGUGUAGUGUUCAAAAUCUGGAUUCCUGAAGAACAGUUACGGACAUCAGGGACCCACUCACUUGCAUGGUAGCUCCAUAGUUGCUCUUUUCCAAAGCUUCAGUCGUGCGAAGUUCCAAGGAUGGAUACAGAAAGAAUGAAAUUCAUACCUGGAAGGUCUCAACGAAGAAGAAAUCAUGGGAGUAGCAGGGUUAUAUUGAUCCAGAUGGUAUUUCUGGAGGAAAACUGUUUGUCUCCUUUAAUAUUCUGGCUGCCCUAUAAGAAUAGCUGUUGGCGUUUUCACAAUUUAAUGUAGUAAAUGUCAAGUCAUUCUUAUCACUCAGCUUGUCUCUUCAAAUCUGUUGUUUGCAAUGGUUUCCUCUUAAUGCCUUCCAGCUAAUUGCCUAUAAUUUGCCAGUAAUUAUUAAUGAAUGGAACCUCUUUCCCUUGGAUAAUACCAAAUAUAUUCAUAUAGGUGUGUGGUGUUAGCAAAUGUGUUAAUAAAUACUUUAGAGAGGGCUAAAAGUCACCUGAGAAUCAUGUUGGACUAUUUCUCUUUUCCACUGGGGUACAUCAAGUUGAAAACAUGUGUAUUAAGCUGGGUCCUUUUUUGAAUGGCAUGGCAUUGUCUGUGUUGUAUCCACAUGGCCAGAUGGUGAUUGGAUGGUAGUAUGACCAACCACCCAGCAAAAACCCAAUAUAAUUUUUGUCUCCAGCUAUCAUCCCUACCAUCGAUGUGCUAUAUGCUGCCAAAUGUGUGCAGUACAUUGGUCCCAGGGUAGCCCCAUAUUGGGUUGGCCUGGAACUAUUUUUUCAUCAUAUGAAAGUAUCCCUUGAUACUGGGUUUGUAGUUUAUACUAUGCUUUCCAAUAUCUAUUGUUACAAAGGAAAUACUGCCCCAAAACCAGCAGGAGAAAUUACACAUAGCCUUUUAAUGCAGUUAUUAAAUCCUUGACUUGAAUGGGUAAGAAGUGUGAUGGCUUUGAAUAUGCUUGAUGUUUAAUAAUAUGGAGCAAGUGGAAAAAUGAAACUUUUAAUCUUUUGAGGUACACAUUGAAUGAAGUAAACUUAUACCGGUUGAUCAAGUCAUCCCUUUUUGAAUAAUAUAUACAUUAGCAUUUGGGUAGAGGCAGUUCAGUCUUUAAUGUUGUAUUGAGAUAUUUCUAUUUUUACUGUAGGACUAUGAGUUAUAUAGUUUUUUUAAUUGCCUGGUUGGUCCUCAUUUUGAUGGCAUAACGGAGAAAAGACCGGUUUCCUUUGGGACUCCUUGAUUUAUUAAUAUAAGUGCACAUGUACUUAAAUCGAAAUCCUGUUUGUUAGGUGGCAAUAGGAAGGAAUUAGGAAACUAUCAAAUUUUAUCAGUGCAGUUCUAUUAGCUCUACUGACUUUGGAUCCAAGGGGAUUUUGAGUUUGGGUUUUGAGUUUGGGUUUUGAGUUUGGUUUUUUUGAUAGGAACAUGUUUUAGUAUCCUUGGCUGCAUAAAGGCAAUAGUUUUGUGAGAUAUAACAGGCUAGAAUCUACUGUGUAGUUGUAUUUGUCUCUGAUAUGAGCACAAUAUUUGUAUAAGAGGGCAGGAAGAAAUGGUUUCCGUCCAAAUGUAUUUUUAAAAAUGCAAGCGCAAAAGUAUUAUCAAACAUAUUUUGGGCUGUCCACAUCCGCAAACAAAAAUUUAAAAAGUAUUAAGUAUAAGGAGUGGGGUGAAUUGUGUAUGGUGGGCUGCAAUCCUAAACAAAUGUAUUUGAAGUCAAUUCCAUUGAAGAUAACUUUUGAAUUUAAAUGUCUUUUGGAUUAAUGUGUUUGGAAGUUCUUGCUUUGUAAAUUGAGUUUGGCUGUUAGUGCAACCAAAGUCAUUUGUACUUUGGAAGAACCAGAAUUGAUGGCAGGAUUUAUGAAAUACUGGUGCUUGCUUGCCGUCUCAAGUUAACUUUUGUGUAUGGCAAAGCAUUGUGUUUUGCAUUUGUUUUGUGUUUGGCCAUCCACAUGAUAUGUGUAAACUCUUUCUGACAUUUAAUUUCUCUACCAAAGAAUUUUACAUAGCAACAUUUUGUCUCAUGUGAAGUACAUUGACAGAAAUAUAAAUAACUUAUUAAAUAGAAUUGUGGUAAUCUUCUGCUGUGGGCAAAAGGUUAAGUGGAGGGCAAAAAGAGUUUAACUUCCUUUGGCAUUUACAGCCAUUCAAACUUGUUUGCAAUUUAAAGAGACAUUUCAUCAUGUGCUUCAAGAAGUCAUUUAUAUUUAUAUUUAUUUUUACAUCCAUAUACUGCCCCAUAUUUUUCUUGUGAUUGGACUAUUUAUUCUCCCCCACCCCCCAUGUUGUGGUUCUGCUAUUAAUGUGUUGUCCAAAUGCAGCUUGGCCCCAUCCUUUUUUUGUCAAACAUUCCCGGUUCGAACUGGCCCGUUUGACUCCAUUAGGGGAGCAUGGCAGCACUACAACCGGUGUUUCAAAAUCUGGAUGAGAAGUGCAAUACUCAAGAAUUGAAAUAUCUUCCAAAUAUUUGCAAUGUAAAAUACUGUGAAGAAGCUUUAUAUAUGAAACCUUUGCGGCUUUGCUUAUACAUAGAAUACUCUGAUCAUAAAAUACAGAGCCUUUUAAAGCCUUAGUGUUAAAUGACUUUAUUUCCUUAGGAGAGCUGUGUUUAGCAGUCAAUGGCUGCAUUUUUCAAAUGACAGAACUUUACUUUAAAGACACUUAGAAAAAAAUCUAGAAUACCAUAUGGUCUUUAGGGGACAGGCAGAAGGGAAGAGAAGAAGAGAUUCCAUAACAGGCUUUCCCCAUGUUUCUGAAAGUUUGUGUGCAUAGUAGAGUGGUGGAGAGUGAUACAGUCGUACAUGUGAUGUCUGAAUGUGUUCUUAUAGUGGCUGUUGGUUUCAAUGUACCUUUUUUUGGCAAUGCCAAAUUUGGCCGACAAUCAUAACAAUGAUAGGAAUUAUUCCCAGAAUCCUCCACAGGAAUUUAUUUGACCUCUGAUCCUGAAGCAGGUUUUGAGGGCAAAACACAGUAUUUCCUGGGGCACCUUCUUUCAAGCCAUAUAAAGUUUUAUUGAGCUAGCAUUACUUGACAGCAGAACUUUGCAUCAUGCGUCCAAUGCAAGAUUAAGCUUCUGUGCAAGAUGUAGGCCUAGCAGGCAUAUCAUGCUAUCAACCUCUUCACGAUGGUUAAGGAAUCGGGAGGAAGCCAUGGACUCUGGUGGGCCACAGGCUCUCUCUUCCCCUUCCCUAGCAUUUAAUGACCCUCCUCACUUUGUUGGAUUUUUGACAAGCAGAUGUAAUGCUAUUAGUGGCUAAUACUGAUCAGGUUCCCUUGUAACCAAAGUUUGCAUAUCUUCUUUAAUUCCUAGUUUAAAACUCUGGUUAAGAUGGAAACUCUGAUUAGGGAUAAUCAUAGACAGUUAGUGCUGGUCAGUUGCAGUGCUAAAUGAUGAUUAAAGGUAGAAGGGGAAUCUGAACCAGAGAGGGAAGGAAGGAACACACAAGCCUGCCAUCCUGCUCCCAAUCUCUUAUCUGCGGUCAUUGGCAUUUUAUUUGCAUCAGCCCAGAGAGUGUUCUUAUGUGCUCUUAUGAUUAAAACUAGUCAUGUUGCAAAUGAGUGUGUUAGAAUAUGGUCUUGCAAGAUACACAGAUCUACAUGCAGUCUUCUCAUUGUGUCAGUACUUGGAAGUGGCAUCCUACAAGAAUCUGGUGAGAAACAAGAGAGUUAACUUGUUGACAGACAUCCUGAAAGUGAAUAUUAUUUUGCUGCUCCCAAUAUUAUCUCCUGGAGCAAGUAGCAUUUUUAGUUUUCUUUUUAAAUACCCUUUUCUGGAAGUGAUCUUAUUUAUGUAAAUUCUAAAACACAAAUGGAACAAAACCCCAGUACAGCUUCUCUAAUUAAAAUUCUAUAGAAUGCAUUCAAAUUAAGGCUGGAGACUGCAUAUGUCUUAGCCUGCAUAUUUGCACACAAGCUGGUUUAUUUUUAAUAAGUGAUGGAAUGAAGUCUGCUUAAAUGGUUUGUGCAUUGCAUUUUAUACGGAUUGCUCACUCACCACUGGCAUAGUCAUCCAGAAGUUAAUAUAAGCCAGUGUAAAUGGCCAGUGAAAUUUGCCCUUAAGUAUUUAAAAAUUAACUAGAUGAUGUGCUGUAAACUUUGGCGUGAAGCAAACAAAAAAAUGUUGAUCUGUGAGAGGUGCAGUUCCCUAAAUGUCUUAACAUUUUGUCCAGAAUAUCUCUUUGCAACUUUAAAUAAAAUAUACUUUGUGCAAAAUGUAUGUUUUAUCUAUAUAAUGCCUAAAAAUAGUUAUGAGCUACUUUUUUCUUAAGAGAUCUUCUAUUAUGAAGUGCAUUUAAUAUCAUUAAGUUAAUGAAAAGCAUUCCUUGCCCGAUGGAUGUAUACAUUUUUGAGAGAAUAGCAAAAUAAUUAUAUAAUAUGAAAAGCUAUGUAAAGUUUUUUACAUAAAAUAUUAUGUAUAAUACUGUUGUAUUCCAUGCUUUAAUCAGGUGGUUAAAUAAAGUUUAAAAACAAA